AUGUCCUCGACUACGUCUACCCAGAAGAAAGACUUGGGCCAGCGGGAACCCGAUAUCAUUGACCAAUCUCCCUCAGUGACGCACUCCAAUCAAAUCUCAAUGACUCCUGAGGGCUGCUCCGACGAUGUCGACUCGAACGCCGACUCAGACCCCGCCGUCGACGACUCCGAAGCCAGCUCCUCCGAUGGCGGCGAAGAAGCCAUGGAUCGACUGCGCCAAGUCGUCAACCUCCUCGAAAAUUGUGCACCCAACCAUCUACAGCUGGAGUAUGACACAAUGCAAGCCAAACGUCAAGCGAUCAUGUCGUCGAACCUCCUCUGGUCGGCGGAAGAGAAAGCCGACUACGGGCAAUGGCCGCUAAUUCUUGGCGACCGAAGGAAAGCAGAUGAAUGGACGCUCAAGGACACCAUACCAAUUCUCAAGCUUCCUUUGUACAUGGCCACCGAAGUAGGUCGAUACUGGUUCUAAGCAUAAGCAGUCAUUGAUGGCUAGUUGAAGUUGCUGAUUAGGAAGCAAAACUGACAAAAUUCUUCCUCACCGAUCCUCCUCCUAUCCUUCAUUGGCGAAACCAACCGGAACAGGAGCAUGAAUGGACGGCCUGCAAAUACGAACGUUGUCUCGCCGUAGUAGAAACAUCUCACGGUGCUCCAUCGAUCUCUUUCCAUCAGCAUCCGGCGGAUCACCUGACAUUGAUCGAAUGGCACCCGCUGAUCGGCCACAAUUUGCAAUCCACUUGGAAGGAAUCACUCAAAGAAGUGCUUCGCAUAUCGCACCAGUGCUCGGGCGCUUGCAACUCCGAAUGCGGAUCUCAGGCGAAUUCUGGCGAAAGCUCUGGACAUUUGGGAGAUGGGUGUUUUUCAACAGACGAAGAAGAGCUACGCUUGGGUGGUUUCAGCAGGGUUAGUUUAUCUCGGUCAACUUGCUCAACACUACUUGUCUUCAACUCUGCACUUACGUCAUUUCCUGCGGCUCUACGCAAAAUGCAGAGAUGGUUCCGAGCCUAGAAUAGUGGACAUGCGCUUGCCGAAAUGCAAAUGCGCAGAUUUCGACCAGUCAGGCAAGCGCUGCCCCCACCUAUGGGCAGUGGAUCUCCUGGUGAACAAUGGGCCCUAUCACACUGUGAUGAAUACGGUAUUCAACCUGUUUGCCAGACGGAACCCAUUGGAUGGCUUGCUAACACCGCUCAACCAUUUAUGCAAAGGAGCAGGCACGAGCUGCUAUGGAUCUCAAGGGGGCGCUUCAUGACGACAUUCCGCGCAGCAAGGUUCGGGAUUCGACAAUCGAGAUGGUGGUCAAUUGUGCGAUCAACGAAAAUAUCGCCAUUGAUGAUCUCCACGGUAGUCUGUCAGAAGAAGAUGACGAGGAUGAUAGUUCCGGCGAAUCAGAAGCAGACGAAUCAGAAGCAGAGAUCGACAUCGGGAAUCGUGCCGGCGUCGCUAUGAAGGCCGCGACCAGCAGAGGUGAGGAGGACAUGUAUCGCCAGCUAUUUGAAGUAACCUCGCACUCUCACUGACGCUCCGCGCCUUCGCUCAGGUCCUUCACCGAAGAACAAGCCUUUACAGCCAGGUCGGUCGAUCAAGAAACCGAAAGGUCGAUCAAAGAAGAAGACGCGUUUGAACGUCACGGAGAAUGUCCAAGGUGCCACCUCUCCUACCAUCAAAAGUGCACCUCAUCUCGAGCAUACGGGCCGCCGGAAUGGACACGCAGACAAACUUCUCAAGUCACUAUUGCGGGACAAGCUCAAUCCGGCGUCUUUGCGUACUAAAACCGCGAAGGACAAGCCCUUCGCCGAUGAAGCAUUCUCAAAGACGCGUGGGCGACGACCUGAGACCAAGCCUUCCAACAGUCUCAUAGGAACCAAGCAUCAUCAAGCUGCCAAGGAGAUUACAGAUUAUCUAACAACCUUGGAAUGCCUCGACAUCGCAUGUUCCGACGAAGCGCUCUCUGACGACCAGAAACCUGCAUGCCCUUGCCCCCCUUUGGUCGAAGGCAUGUUGGAACCGUCGAUCUACGCCACAGUAGACCCUGACGAUCGAAUGGCGAGCGUCACUAAUAUACAGGGCGUCGUUGUAUCCAUCAAGCACCCUUAUACAGCGUCGCGACAAGACCGCUUUCCAUGGAUGAUUCAUUUAGACGUCCACCAGAAUGCAUAUGUGCCGGGGUUGAACUUGCGAACGCUGGCGACGCUCAACGACCCCGAAGAAUGGGUAAGUAGUGCUCAUAUCGAUGCGUUCGUCACUGCGAUCAAUCGGUUCGGUGGUCAGGCUGCGAUGCGGGAGGACCAGCGAUCAGCUGCGUCAGAUUGGACGCCAACGGUUUAUGGAUUCCACCCUCUCAAAGACUUUGGUGAAGACAUCGGAGGAAAAAAUCCUACCAACCGACAUCCCGGGGUGAGUUGAAUCUAUGCUCGGAUGAAUUUUUUAUACUCUGUCAGUACUAACCACUUACUUUACUUCUUCAUAGAUACGCCUCUCUCAGACUCCAGCGCUUCUAUUUCCAAUCCAUAUGCCCGGUCAUUGGGUGCUUGUUGAGGCCCGUCUGUUCGACCACACCUUCCGCUUCUAUGACUCGCUGCGGCGAUCUAAAGAAAGCGUAGACAACCCGAACAUUUCAUCGCCGGAACAAAACUUUGCCAAUUGUUUGAAGGUGAGAGGGAGAAGCGACUUGUGUGGAUCCCGCUUACCUGAUAGGCUGACGAUAAUCCGCCGAGCUGAUGAUCGCAGAACAUCGUUCCUUUCCUCACGGCUCGGGCAGAAGGACCCAUUCCUCGUGUCACCGGAGGCAGUGACCGGCCCACAAUCCCGUACGCAGAGUGGGAGCGAGUGAUCGUGAAACCGCGAGUACCGAAGAAGGGAGACUUGAUGCCUAGGACAGAGUUUACGCGACAGCCCGAUGGCAACGCUUGCGGCGUCUUUGUUUGUCGAACGAUUGGAACGUUGGUCGCGGCGGUUGCGUUUCAGUCUGAAUUAGACUGGAGCUGGAGCCCACUCAAGCCACUACAGGACAACUUCUAUGCUGACCAGCGCACAUACAUGUUAGACGUUGUUAUUCAUGCUCGCUUGCGGUGUGACACGGAGUUGGAAGCAAAUUCUGACCCCCCUCCCCUCGAUUUGCGAGAGGGGACUGGAGCUCCUCCGCCGCUUCCAGGUCAGUCAUUCUACUGUGGAUCUCAACGAUCUGAUCUUAGUGAUAGUUCAAGCUUGCUUGAUAUUGAGGCUGACACUCUUGUGGAUGCAGAAUCUGUCCCACUCGCGCUCAAGGAGAGUUCGCCGGAGCUCGAAGAGAAGCCCUUGGGAUCGCCCGGCAUUGAAUUUUGCGCGCCUACCCUCGUUCUGAUUGACCCUUCGAUCGGCACAAUGUACACCUCUGAGCCCAAUCCCGACGCUCAAUGUACUUCUCCGUUGAUUUCGCGAAGCCCGCGGCCCAACCCGGCACCGUCAAUUGCAACGAUUGGUUCGAUGCCAGAUGCGCCGCCAAUGAGACUCCCGAGGGUCGUAAGGUUCGACCCUACUCCCCCUCUGCUGGUGUCUGAGGCACUCGAGGUCGUUGCUUGCUUGCCAAGGUAUCAAACACGUACAUUGGCCGUUCGGUCAAUUGCAGCUAUAUCCAAAAGCGCCCCAAGCCCUCGCCGAUCGAAGCGCAAGAGGGAAGAAUCUUUUUUCAAAGCUGCGCGGCUUCGCUGA